AUGAGUCAGGCGGAAACUGCUUGGAAAUCUCUAAAUGGAAUAAUCAAUGUUUAUAAAUCUGCAGGAACAUCAUGUUCUUAUGUUAAGCACAAAAUUCAAUCUAAACUUUGUUCAGAAUUAAAUAGUUUAGAAACUAGACCUGUCAACAAGUAUAUAGACUUAAUUCAAAAUAAUCAACAAGAUAAUCAACAAGCUUUGGUCAAAGUCAGAGAUAGUUUUGCUGAUAAUAUUUUGUGUGUUGGUCCUAGAUAUCAACCUGAGGACAUUUCUAUAAGUUUUCCAUCUCCUUUAGGAAAAAAUACAUCUGGUGUAUUGGUUUUAGGUAUCAAUAGAGGAAAAACUUUGAGUAAAGUUCUUAAAAAUUUAAAUUUUUUAAAAUGCUACAAAAUCGAUGGAUUACUUGGGCAAGCCACAACAAAUUUUCAUAUUGAUGCUACAGUUAUAGCUAAAGCCAAAUAUUCACAUAUCAGUGAAAGUCUUGUUCAUAAAACACUAGCUUCUUAUCAGGCAGCCAGUCAAAAAAGAUUAAUAGAAGAAUAUUACUCUAAUACUCAAAGCCAAGAACUUUAUGAUUCUCUAGUGGCUGGUCUUUUAAGACCCAAAGAAAUUCUUACACCGAUUUUUUAUAGUUAUAAGUUAGUUGAAUUCAAUCCUCCUGAGUUUACCAUUGAGGUUUAUUGCAUCAAUGAAAAUGAAAGUAGUUUAAUGAAUACUAUACAUAAUUUAGGAAUCAGUUUAAGGAGUUUAGCAACUUGCACUGCUCUGAAAUGUGUAAAAUAUGGUUUUUUCGGUAUUAGUGAUGCAUUACUUAAAAAAGAAUGGAAAAUUGAAAACAUUGUAAAUAACAUGAAUUUAUGUUUUAAACUUUUCGAAGAUCAUUAUUCAGACAAGAUACAAUCUUAUUCACAUGUUAAGUCAGGUGUUUAA